AAUUUCAGUCAGCAAUCGCCUCUGCGCUUGAUGCAGCUCCGAUCGCCAUGUUCGCUCUCAUCGCAUGCGCCGCAUCCUUUGAAUUCUCUAGAUAUUAGGGAGGAGGAUCAAUUAGCCCGAUGAGGUUGCGCACCCUUCUCAGCGAUGUUCGCGUUACACAGAACCUGCAUUUCCUGCUCGGCAAUUACAAGUACGACCCGUUACCUUCGCCUGCCUGCAUUCGACUUCUGGAGAUUAUCCCUUCUGCGGACAAGAGGAUCGUGCAAUGCUUUCUAAAGCCAUUUGAGCUAGACACCGCGCCGUCUUUUCAAGCCUUGAGCUACACAUGGGGGAGUCCGGCGUUGCCCAUCUCGAGGGCGACGUCAGCGUCGUCGAGGACUCGUCGGCUUCAGGCCUCAUCCACGCUUCCGUCUUUCAGUAAUUCGGACGACAUUGGAUUGCAGCAUUUCCAGCAAGAACCCGAGUACAACGGAAGAACGCGGCGACACUCCAUCAUUUGCAAUGGCCGAGUCAUGCAGGUGACAGCCAACCUUAAGGAUGCACUCCAGAUGCUCGCAAACCCCGUGGCCCCGCGGAAGUCAGUCAUACCCCCACGGUAUUACUGGGUCGAUGCUCUCUGUGUAAACCAGGAGAAUAUUCUCGAAAGAAAUGACCAAGUUGCGAGAAUGGCUGAGAUUUUCAAGAGAGCCCGGAGCGUGGUAGUUUGGUUAGGUAAAGAGGAUGAAUACACAGCCGAUGCUCUCACCACAGUCGAAAGGAUCUCUGAAAUUGCUGAGGAAGAGUGGCCUUUGAUCCCGUACACCUCCUUCUACGAGCCGGCUCGAGCGCCGCACUACGAUCGUCUUAACCUAACCUACCACAAUUGGCUCGGAUUCAUCGCUCUCAUCAAUCGGCCGUGGUUCAAAAGGGCAUGGGUGGUGCAAGAGAUUGCGCUAUCCAAAUCCGCCUUUAUCGUUUGUGGAUCUCGAGCCGUUGAGUGGGAAAAGCUUUCUAAGACACUUUCCUUCAUAAAAAGCACCAAAUUUUACCAUCACCUUCACACAGAGAAGCUGAAGCAUAUCAAAGCACUCCGAAGGAACCCCGGCAUCUACAAGCGUCUCUUGCGUUCAAAGCUGCAUGUCGGCGUAGGACCACUAUACCUCGAUGCGACACGGUUGAAAAUCUCUACAAUCGACCAGUCCGGUACCCAGGAACGCAAUCAGAUGCCGCCGCUCCGGAUGCUGCUGGACACACAUCGCUUCUCCAAAUCAAGCGAUCCACGCGAUAAGAUAUAUGCCUUCCUCGGUCUCGCAGAUCGCCGAAUGGCGCCGUUUCGGAGUCAGCCAAAUGCCCUAACACCAAACUAUAACCUGAGCGUCCAAGAAGUGUACACUGACGCUGCACGCGUCCUCUUGACGUCUUACAGAAACCUGUCUCUGCUUUCGCACGUCGAAGACCCGUCUAGUAGGAGGGUUCCGAAUCUGCCGUCGUGGGUGCCUGAUUACAGUAUAGACCUUGACCCUUACCCGCUACGUUACCGUGGCCCGAGCUUCUGGAAGGCUUCUGGGAAUCUUGUUUGGGAGCCGAAUGUUUUUGGCCUUGGCAAUGGCGAGCUCGAUGUACAAGGCUACCGCCUGGACGUCAUUGAUCACACCUCGGUCCUGGUCGGCGAGUCAGAGGACCCUUCGGCAUCUUGGGCGAGCAUAGUCAAGCUUGCCCUGUCCCUAGAGCUGCCGUAUCCGAACCCAAGUAAUAGUAGAAAGAAUCCUGGCCGGGUUGAAGUUCUCUGGAGAACACUGACCACGGACAUCUACAAUAAGCAAUACCCGGCUCCAUUACAUACGGGCUCCCUAUUCAUCGACUAUAUCCUAAACCUUCAAAUCCGGUAUCGCCUUACACCUUGGUCUAGCACGGACGAGUUCCAACCACAUCACUCACCGCUGUCUGAAUCUAUCUACCCAGAAUGGCGCACACUCUUGCAGCUGGAACCUCCGGAAUCGCCAUAUUGCCUGGAGAACUACAGAGAACGCUUGACCACCAUGGUCGAAAGCAUGUUCAACGGAACAUACUCCGCAAUCGGCCUGGCUCAGCUACAGCACGAGUUUGACCAGAGUGGGGGAAAGAGACGGCGACUCUUCAAGACGCGAGGAGGGUAUCUUGGUACGGGGGCCCGAUCUCUCAGAGAGGGUGACGAGGUGUGGAUUCUUCACGGCGCUGGAGUUCCAUUCGUGCUCCGCCCACAAGAGAAUGGUAAUUAUCGACUCCUCGGAGAGGCCUUUGUGUACGGUGUCAUGCAUGGGGAGAUGCAGGGCCUUGCACUCCCUCGCCGCCACAUCACGAUCGAAUGAAUAAGUGCGGGAAUUUCUUUCAACAGCGAACACGGCGGUUUAGGUGAGUAAUCAUCCGUUAAGGGGAAAUCGUCAGCAUCGCCGCCUGCCUUAGGCCCUCAUACGUUGAAGGCUCUUGGCAAGGGCUUUCACAUAUGCCAUGGUAUGCAC